AGAGUACCCCCACAAACCAAAAUUUUGAACUCUCAAAAACUCAUAGGCGAAUUGUGUAAAGUAGAACUCUCCUUAACCGUGGGUUAACUUUUUGGGUCGGGAUUGGGUUUGGAUCGGUUCGAACACCACCAUCGUCUUCGUCGGUCUUAUUCUCUCUGUUGUUGCAUCUGUAUGCAAACCAACUUGGAGAUUGAAGGAAGUAGUUCACGAGAUUUGAAGGUCAGAAUGUCAUGAAAGUCCCAGCAUUUUAUUGACAUCUAUACAUGACAAUGGAGUCACAAAUUCCGUACCGAGAGGUGUCUGACCUACCGGAGAAUGUAUUUAUUAAGGAUGUAAUCACAUCUGAAACACAUCAUGUUGCAUCUAAUCAGCCAGCAAAGAAACAAACACGACAAUGGGCUGCUUGGACACGUCAGGAAGAGGAAAGCUUCUUUAAUGCUCUACGUCAAGUUGGCAAGAAUUUUGAGAAGAUCACUUCUCGUGUUCAGAGUAAGAACAAGGACCAGGUUAGACACUAUUACUAUCGUCUUGUCAGGCGUAUGAACAAAUUGCUAGGCCCAGAACUUUCUCUUGAUGCCAAAAACUCCAAAGAUACCAAUGCUGCCAUGCUUCGCUGGUGGUCGUUACUUGAAAAGCAUAGCUGUAAAGCCUCAAAGCUUCACUUGAAGCCUCGGAGAUUUAAAAUUUUCUUGGAGACCUUGGAGCACCAACUAUUGAAAGACCGGAAGAAGAAUAUAAGAAAACGGCCUUUUAAUGGGGAAAACUGUUCUAUAACACCAUCACAUGCUGUCUCAAAUCAGGGUAGACCCUGUGCACAUGAUGCUCGUAUCAAUCUUGUUCUUAUCGACAGUCAAAGCACACAAAACUUGGGUUCUGGAAAAGGAUCUUCGCUGAGGCGCAAUGCAAGCACAUGUUUAGAUAGGAACAACUGCAAGGGAGACUUAUCUCCUGUUAAACCAGCUAGACAGAGGAGGAGAGCAGGUACCGCGUCCACAGCUGCCUAUAAAAGAUGGGAGAAGGCUGCAAUAGCUGGAGUGUCUUUAGUUGCUGAUGCUGCUGCGCAUUUGGAGCAGACAUCGUUGGAUAAAUUAGUUGAUAGUGUACAAUAUAUGCAGGGAGAGAAGGGUUUAGACCCUGUUGCAAAAGAUAUGCCUUGUAUACCAUCUUUUCAUCAAAAUAUGUUUUCUGGCACCAGUAUACAACAUUCAAUGAAACUGAAACUUCAGCUCUUUCCGGUAGAUGAAAGCAUACGCAGAGCUUUGGAAAUGGACAAUCACAACCCACAUUUGGAGCUCACAUUAAGUUCUCGGAAGAAAAUAUCGUCAGUUUUGGAACAUAUGAAUCGUAAAUGGGGAAGCUCUAGCAUAGCAUCUGGAGAACUAACACUUCUGCCUUACUAUGCUCAGAGUUCGAAUCUCAUGAGCUGUCAGAAAUGGACUCAAGAUUCAAUUUUAAGUGCAGCAGAUGUAUAUGCUGCGCUUGGAAGCCCUCCGGUUUUCCGCUUAAGGUAUGGUUGGUUUGCGAAUGCCGAUUGUAGGUAUGUACCACUCCAAGGACCUCUAACAACUCAUGCUGCCCAAAGAAUCAACAUGAAUGGUGUAGAGGUUCAGAAUGUUGACUUAACCAAAUGCUCUCAACCACCUGAGUGCAGUAUGGUUCCCCAAGAUACAUGCACAAUCCCCGGUGCUUGUAAUUCUGGAAAGUCAUUGGAUCAUGAUGAUAAAUUAGUCUCAGCUGGGAAAGUAAAUACUCUGACAGCAUCCUCUUCUAACCUUCCUGACAAGCCCAUUGAGUGUGUUGAUGUGGGUGUAAGUAAGAACUUUCCAGAGGGUUUUGACCAUGCAUCAGGGAUGUCAUGGCAAAGACGAGAUACAAGAAAUGGAGCCUUCAGUAGACGACUGGGACACAUGGACAAGGGAUCUCACAAGAAUGCAGCUCUGUCAAUAUUGGAAUGGGCGGACAGCCUCACGAACAUAAGCGUCAGUGAUCUACUCUUGGAUGCAUCUCAUAACAUAAAUCCAUUACCUCCUGGCUCUCAAUGUCUCCAGCAGAUUCCAUUCAGCUGCGAUUCCUUUGAUGCUGCAAUUGCUGCUCAUGUAAGUAAAAAUCUUAACAGCAACACUGUCGAGCCCACCAUUGUAUCUUCCAUUUGGGAUGCAGAAGAAACAUGUGAUGCCUUUACGUUCCGUAAGAAUAAUGAUCUCUCUGAGAAAACACACACAUCCAAAGAAAAUUGCAAACAGGACACGUCUACAAGUCUAGUUCCAUCAGGCUCCGCCAUUGAGAAACUAGUUGAAGCCGAGGAGCCUAUGGAGGAUCAUCCUGCAGAAGCACAUUCAAUGGAUGAGUGUCAGUUGUCUGAUGGGAAUCCCGAGGAUGGUUCUGCAAAGGAUCUGCGGACGCUAACUGAUAUGUACUGGCCGGAGUCAUUAGGACCUUUAGAAGUGGAUGUAGCUCCGUGUAGAUAUCAAAGCGAUGACCUUAUAUUAAGCGACGGAUUGAGUCGUAUUCUAAGUAGCAGCCUUGACGCGUUUCAAAAUUUUUCUUUGUUUGGAUUGGAACAGCAGAGAGAAGGUGGAUCAAUUGAAGAUGACAAGAUCCAUGAUAGUAGAGUUUAAGAUACAUGGCUGCUGCUGCUGCUCCUCGAUAACCUUUUUCACGUUAAUAUAAUCCCCCUAACACCUACACCGACACCUCUCGUUUAUUUUCUCACUGAUGUUUCCAAAUGUAGUAUAUAAGUAAAAUGAUGCGACGAUUGUCGAGUCUCUGGCAAGAUUUUUCCAGUUGUGAAAUCUGGAUUUGUGUGUGUUAGUUUUUACAUGUAGACUAAUAUGGGAGGUUUUGUAAUAUGUUGUGCGCUCAAAGCUACAAUUUUUUU